AUGUCGCGCUCAGGAGUCGACAAGGACUCAGGCAAAGAUCCUCAAGUUGAGAUGUUGGACGACGCCGUCAAGCCAAAUUCUGCCGACGAUGUAGUCAUUCAGGAUCGCGAGCUAAAAGAACGGCGGCUAGUGCGAAGGAUAGACAUUCGAAUUCUCGUCUUCCAGGAGCUUCUCUUACAACGUACUGACAUUUCGUGGGCACAUGUCCUCAACUACCUGGACCGUAACAACAUUGCGACCGCAAGACUUGGUGACUUUGAGAAGGAUAUUGGCUUGGUCGGCACGCAAUACAACACCAUCAUCAGUGUCUUUUUUGUUGGAUAUAUCUUGACUCAGGUGCCGACAAACAUGAUCUUGAACAAGAUGCGACCGAGUAUCUUCCUGCCUGUCGUCAUGUGCUGUUGGGCGGUGGUUAGUGCCUCGACAGGUGCGGUACAGAACUACACUGGUGCUGUUGUACUUCGGUUUCUCCUGGGUUUCGUCGAGGCGCCAUUCUUCCGUAAGAUCCGUUCCAUCGUUUCAAUCAUCAUCGAAGGCACGAUCCCCAUUCCUGUAGCCGUCCUCACCUACUUCACUCUACCCGAUUAUCCGGCGACGACGAAAUGGCUCACAGAUGAAGAAAGACAGCUUGCCACUCUACGUAUUACAGAGGAGGCCGUUGAAGAAGAUGACCGAGGCGAGGCGACCGCCUGGCAGGGUUUGAAGAUGUCGUUCACUGACCCAGCGCUGUACAUGAUUUGGCUGAUGCAGCUGGGAUUGAACACGGCAGCUUCCUUCACCAACUUCUUUCCGACCAUUGUUGCAACUCUUGGCUAUAAUCAGCGAAACACCUUGCUCCUGUCGGCCCCUCCUUACGUCUUCGCUGCCAUUCUUGGAAUUACCAACUCAUGGCAUUCAGACAAGCAUCGCGAGCGAUGGCUCCACAUCGUCUGGCCUCAGGUCUUUUGCAGUGUUGGCUUCAUCAUCUCGGCCACUACCCUCAACGUCGCUGCAAGAUACACCGCGACAUUCAUGAUGAUGAGCGUGUACGGCUCUUUCGGCUGCAUUCUCUCAUGGGUAUCAACAACCCUGCCACGUCCGUCUACCAAACGAGCUGUGUCCUACGCUGUCGUCAACGCCGGAAGUAACUUGGCUAGUAUCUAUGCCAGUUACUUCUACCCUAAGUCGCAUGGGCCUCAGUACUGGCAGGCCAAUAUCCUGAACGUCGCCUUCGCUGCAUUGUGCAUCCUACUGGCUACGAUUCUACAUUUCUACCUCCGCUGGAGGAACAGAAAGCUUCGUCGCGCUGGUGACGAAGACUUACUGGCCGCGGGUGUUCGUGAAGGGUCUCGUUCAAGAGCUCUUGGGGAGCGCUGGCAGUGUCAUCCCGCUUACCAGUACACUCUUUGA